GCACCAUUAACAAUCUACCUUGUGGACAGCACUACAACGUCACCGUGGUGUCUGUGAGACAUGCUUGCGAGAGCAAAACGAGCCCAGUGGUACACACCUCUUCAGCUCCAUGUGUGCCCAUGAACCUGGAAGGCCGUCUGGACUGCGUAACCAACUCGGCCUGGGUGGACUGGGACAACUCAGCGGGAGCGAGCAGCUACUCGGUGCUCGCCCAGGCAGACAACGGUCACAACUCCAGCUGCACCAGCUCGUCCUCGCCCUGCAGUGUGCCAGAUCUGAAGUGCGGGACGCUUUACACCCUCCAUGUCACAGCUAAGAACGAGUACUGCCACAGUAACCACAGCACCACCUUUGACAUCGAGACAGGUCCUUGUGCUCUAAAGGCCAUCAGGGCAACAACGGAGUGCAACGGUGACACCAUCCUGGUUGAAUGGGAGACAACAGGGGACACACCCCUGUACGUGGUGACAGCAGAGGCCGACGAUGAAACCACCAUCACCUGUAACAGCUCAUCAGACUCAUGCAUCCUCCAGGAUAUCCGCUGUGGCGUCCACUAUAGCAUCAUCGUAUCAGCUUCCUCUGAUAAGUGCAGCAGCCUGCGAAGUCCUCCAGAGAAGAUCAAAACAGCAAUGUGA